CUCUUGAAUCGAUAACCAGUGAAAUUAUCGAUAACCAAUUAAUUGGAAUUAAUUAUGAGGUCAUCGUUGAUGCUGGCGUUGCUAUGCGCCGCCGCCUUGGCUCUGGCUACGGCGCCGACGACGACGAUGGCGCAGAACUCGCCGCAGGACUUCGUGGACGCCCACAACUCGGCGCGCUCUGCGGUGGGGGUGGGGCCGGUGUCGUGGGACGACACGGUGGCGGCGUACGCGCAGAGCUACGCGGAGCAGCGGAUCGGCGACUGCCAACUGGUGCACUCCGGCGGGCCCUACGGCGAGAACCUCUUCGGGGGGUCGGGCGCCGACUGGACGGCGGCGGAUGCUGUGGGCUUGUGGGUGGGAGAGCAGCAGUACUACGACUACGACAGCAACAGCUGCGCCGCCGGGCAGGUGUGCGGGCACUACACUCAGGUGGUGUGGCGGUCGUCGACGGCGAUCGGGUGCGCGCGCGUGACGUGCAACAACGGAGCCAUCUUCAUCAUCUGCAACUACAAUCCCCCAGGCAACAUCGACGGCCAAAGACCCUAUUAAUCACCAAGUAAUCACAAUAUAUAAUGAUUAAUUAAGAAAAUAAGAGUCGAUAAGGCCUAGAAAUUAUGAUAUUUUAUGGCCGUCAAAUGCUAUAUACAUUUGAUCAAAUAAAACCAUGCGCAUAUGACUCGUGACACAGUUUACACUUUAUAAAUCUGUCGUGGACAAUCAGUUUACACUUUAUAAUCAAUUUUCAUCUGGUUUGAUAUGGUAA